GCUCGAGGGGAUUGCAAAACCAGAAGCCGAAACUAUAAAGAGAAAUUAGGGUUCUGAAGUUGAUCAAUUUGGGUUCACGACAAUGGAAGCCAUCACGGAGGGAGUAAACAACAUCAAUAUUUCAGAUUCGUACAAAAAGAAUCGCAUCCAAGUUUCUAAUACCAAAAAGCCCCUCUUCUUCUACGUUAAUUUAGCGAAGAGGUAUAUGCAACAACAUAACGAGGUCGAGUUGUCAGCACUUGGAAUGGCUAUUGCCACAGUGGUUACUGUUGCUGAAAUUUUGAAAAACAACGGGCUCGCUGUUGAAAAGAAAAUCAUGACAUCAACUGUUGACAUAAAGGAUGAUUCGAGAGGUAGACCCGUCCAGAAGGCCAAGAUUGAAAUAUUACUCGGGAAGACGGCAAACUUUGAUGAGUUGAUGGCUGCCGCUGCCGCUGAAGAUGGUGAAAAUGGAGACAUUGAGGAGCAGGGUGCGUGAAGCUUGUCAAACUCACACCUGUUUCUGGUGAAGACAUGUUCUCUGUAAUGAUUUACAUUUUUUUUUCUUAGGAGUAGUAGGCAAGCAUAGAAUUCAUUGCAGACUAACCUGGAACAUUCGAUUCCAAAUUUCUUCUAUUUUUACUCGGAAAAAGCGUUUCAUUUUUUA